AUGAGCCCCGCUGUUUUUCCACUCCGCACAGGCCUGCGCCGCGCCGCGCCGUACCGUGCUGCGCGCCCGUGCGCCCGCCACGCGGCCCCGCCGGAGCUCUCGCCGCUCCUCGCGAUUCGGCGUCGCGUCCACAGACCGGACGAAGCCGCCCCGCGUCAGCUCCCGUCCCGCGUCCCGCGUCGGCUCGGUCCCGCCAGCGCCGGGGGGGGGAGCCGCCCCCGCGCCAGGCCGCUGCCGACGCCGCGCUCGGCCCGGUCCCGCUGCGCGUCCGCCCGCGCCAGCUCCGAGCGCCCGCGGCUCCGCCCCAGCGCCCGCGGCGCCGCGGACGCCGCGGCGCCCUCCGGCCAGCGCUCGGCAAGCCCCCGCGCACAGCAGGCCGCCUAA